GAAAAAUGCACACAUCUAAAAUUCUUUGUUGAUCGCAAAAAAAAACAGAAAAAGCUGCAAUGACUUGCACAGAAAUUUUACGUGAACUUCAGUGUAAAACUCCGCCUUGUCCCUGCCAGAAGUGCGCCAAGCUACGUGGUGAGAGCGGAAAUGGAAACGUUAAUGGUGAAAGUAAUUUUCGAGAUACGCCGCCAGAGCGGCCAACACCAAAAUAUCAGUUUCAGUGUAAAUGCCUUUGUGAUACGGAUACGGAAAUGCCCUAUAAACGGAAAUGUCCACCACCUCCGCCACAGCCCAAGCAAACUGUUAAAACCAAUGAAAAGUGUGUAGAAGAUGAUUGUAAUACGGGGAAAGGUUGUUGCAAUACGGGACGCAACUUUUUGUCCUUUAUGAUAAGCAUAAUUGGCUUCAUAGCGUUUUUAAUAAUAGCCGCCAUCGUGUUCUGGCUUUUAGUGUUGAAAUGUACAAUUAUCCUGUCCAUCAAAGUAUAUAAAUCGAAGAGAACUACGCAAGUGACUGUAGUGAGCAUAAUUGGUUUAUUGUUUCUGCUUAUAUUUUGUACGGCUGCGUUGACAUGUUUUCAAAGAUAUUCGGCUAGACGUUCGACGAGCAAACUUGCAGCACAACCUGUCACUAAAAUAAAAUCCGAACCCUCUGGCAGUUGGUAUACAUUUAAAAGGAGUCAACGGCAAGCAAUUGCGCCGCCACUCAAAGUGAGUAAGACCCGUUAUCCUUGGACACUUUAUUCUGCUACUCCGGGCACAGCAAAAGAAGUCACUUCCACAGUCAGCAAAGUUGAAACACGUUCUUCGUGGAUACCUUUUGGUAGAGGACGUCUGGUAACAACGAAGGAAAUUAAAACGGAAUCUAGCGAACCACGUUCGUCGUGGAUAAAAACACAUAUUUGGCGAGAGACAACAACGAAAGAUAUUGUUACCCCUGUUAAGAAGCCUGAGGCAUCUUCUUCCUGGUUACCAUCAUUUAGAUGGAGUUCGGCUCCAUCGAAACAAAUUGAACAACAAACUAAAACAACAGAGACACGUACCACGUGGAUUCCUUCUCGAUGGUGGGGUUCGUCUCCGCCAAAAGAAAUUGAUUAUCAACUGAGGAAAUCAGAAACGCCUACUCCUUGGCUGUCUACAUUUAGAUGGCGUACAAAACAACCUGAACAAGCACAUAAAAAGAUUGAAAAGCGUUUCUCCUGGCGGCCUUCUAGUUGGUGGGGUCAGUCUCCGCCAAAAGAAAUUGAUUAUCAACUGAAGAAAUCUGAAACUCCCACUACUUGGAUGUCUACAUUUAGAUGGACUUCAACUUCAUCGAAACAAGUUGAGCUUCCACCAAAAAAGACAGAGGCACGGUCAUCUUGGAUUCCAUUUCAGUGGGGUCAGACUGUACCCAAAGUGGUUGAACGAAACGAAACGUCUGUGACGCGUUACACUUGGUUACCUUCCCUCAAGUGGAGGCAGUCACCAGUUAAAAUUGAGACUACAACUACAAAGACGGAAGCGCGCUCUUCAUGGUUACCUUCAUUUAAUCUGCGCUCUAGAUGGACAACUUACUUUACUAAAUCAACUACAACAAAAGAAAUUCAAACUCCACCACAAGCAAGUAAAGUACGUUUCUCCUGGAUGCCUUUUCAUUGGUGGAGUAACAAGUCAGCAAAAGAUAUGGAAAUUGAAUUGACGCAAAAAGAGCAGGAGUCACGUUCAUCUUGGAUACCCUACUUUAAUUGGAGACGGACGAAGACAACCAAAACGACAACAACAAAUAAGGACUCGAAAAAGACUACUUCGACUUCUUACUGGUGGCCAAGUUUUAGUUGGGGUCAAUCAGCUACCACAGUAGCAAGUAACAGACUGUCCGGUGGAAUGCAACAACAGCAGCUUACUGUCACCAUAACCGACGAUGAUGCACGCCAAAUAUAUAAACGGUCCAAGUUGUACGCGAUACCAACAGAAAUGAAACAACCGCCGACUUUGAUCAUCUAUUUACGAGAUUUUAUUCAAAGAAGUACGGACUGAAGAUUCAACAUAAAAGCGGCUAGUUCAAGAGUUAAGUUGAAAACAAUGUGUGCAACCACAAAAAUUAUUGA